CUAACUUUAUUUCAAAUUUUCAGCCUAACUUGGGAUGCACAGGAUGAAACAUGUGGGAUUUGCAGGAUGGCCUUUGAUGGAUGCUGUCCUGAUUGUAAACUUCCUGGGGAUGACUGUCCACUCAUUUGGGGUGCAUGCAAUCACGCAUUUCAUUUACAUUGUAUCUUGAAAUGGGUGAAUUCUCAAACCUCACAAGCACAUUGCCCAAUGUGUCGUCGGGAAUGGCAAUUUAAAGGUUGAGAGCACAUAUGACAAUGUAAUUUUGUUUUUCAUGGAAAACUAGGGUAGAGACUAAUCUUAUGAAGUAACUAAGAUCUUUUUAAGGGCAAUGUAAUUUGAUCAUUUUUAUUGGAUGUAUUGCUUAUGAAAUAGGUAAUGUACUAUAAUAUCUCUAUUGUUUCCAUGGGAUUGAAAUUAGAGUUUCUAAAUUGGUGCAUGUUUGUUUUCUCCACAAAGGAUGGAAAAAACAUGCUUAGCACUA